AUGCGCGCACAGAGAGAGAAAAGCGUUUUGUGGAAAAAGGCGAAAACAGUGAGUUGCUCUUGGUUUCUUGAAUGUCAGAUAAUUCCUGCUGCCUGCCACCCACGAGUUGAUCUCUCUCUCUCUCUCUCUCUUGCUGCUCUCUCGUAUUUCUCUCUCUCCCUUCUCUCUCCCUUCUCGCUGUCGGUAGCGCUGUGUGGCGGUGGCGGUGGCGGUGGCGGUGGCGCAGUGUGUGUGUGUGUGUGUGUGUGUGUGUGUGUGUGUGUGUGUGUGUGUGUGUGUGUGUGUGUGUGUGUGUGUGUGUGUGUGUGUGUGUGUGUGUGUGUGUGUGUGUGUGUGUGUGUGUGUGGUGAUGGUGCUCAUGCCGACGCUGGGUGGACGAAUAGACAAUGGCUCGGAUCGGUGGUCGGGGUGGCAGUGGUGGUCGUGCACGCGGUGGCGGGACACGGGGUCGCGCGCGUGGCGCUGGUAGAGGCGCUGGUAGAAGCGCUGGUCGAGGCGCUGGUCGUGGCGCUGGUCGUGGCGCUGGUCGUGGUGCGCGAGGCCGGUCAAGGGCUCAGCCGGCUCACACCGUGUCAGCUAUUAGUACGUUUUGCCGUCAACUCAUCAGGAAAACUGCACGCUUGCUUCUUCCUGCUCUUGCUUAACGUCGGGCCUGCUUGGCUGCCUGCCCUUGUCUGGGUAGAGCAAGCCCAGCAGCAACAACAGGUGGGCCUCAAUUACAAGCUCAAAAGACUCAAAGGCAAGAUGGCCAAGGAGGGUAAUGAUAACCAGAGCGCCCUAGAGAAAGCUUUGGCUGCCGAGGCAGCCGCCCAGCAGGACGAGCGGGCCCGAGGGCUGGAGCCAGAUCAAGACCAGACAAAGGUUGUUCGUUUUCGUCAAAACUUGGCUGCGACGCGUCCCACGUCGCGCGUGGAUCCCGGGUCUGGUGACCCUGGCAUGACCAGGGAUGAGAAGCGUCAGUUGCAAGCCAAGCGCCAGGAACAGCGCCGCGCAGAAUAUUUUCGUCGCUCGGCCACCAACAGCAAAGGUCAACCAAAGCUCAACUAUGCCGUGUCAGCCAUGCUGAGCAAGCUGCAACAGGACAACAAAAAGUAG